AGACAGGCCCAGCCUCGGCACUUCUGCCGGAACCGGCAACCACCGCCUCGGCUAUGAGCGCACAGCCACAGCGACAGCAGGAGCAACAGCAGCAAGCACACGAGCCAGCAACAGCAAGCGCUACGCGCGAAGCAGCUGCGAGCCCGGCGGUCACAGCCCCAGCAGCCGCUUGUGCUUCUCGUGAUAUUGGUGCCCGCCACCAACACCAGCACCAGCACUGGCAUCGGCACCAGCACGGCAAGCAGCUGCUAGAGCCGCCGCCCGACGUGCCGCUGCCAUCCGACAUGGACCUCGCAACGGCGCUCAUGUUCGGGCCGAUGCUGUCCCCGUGCGAUGGCGGUGGUGAUGUCGCCGCCAGCGGUGUCGGCGGCAGCCGGGCCAUCAGCAGCUGUGGUGACGUGGUCGGUGGCGGCGGUGAGGGGGGAGAGGAGCAAGGGGGAGCCGUGGCUGUGGGCUUGGGGCCUGAUCAGCAGGCGGAGCUAGCAGUUGGUGGCGGCGGUGAGGGGGCAGACGGAGCCCGCGUGCUGCUCGCCGGUGCUCCUGCCGGGAUCUCUGAGCCGGCACUGACGUUUUCUAAACAGAUGCGAGGCCACCGGGAGGACGACGCCGCACCGCUACUAGGCCACGCACCCGAGCUGUCCGCGCCCGGGCCCCCGCCCGUGUGCCCUGGUGACCCCGACUUGACGACUGCUGCCGCGGCUGCGCCAUCGAAGUCCCCACCGCCGUCAGCACAAACGCCCUCACCGCAGCAGCAGCAGCAGGAGCAGGUGCCCGCCAAUGCAGUGCGCGGCGGUGCCGGCGGGAGCAGCAGCGCGCGCUGCCUCAUUGUACGGCCACCCAUGCCGCCCGCCGAUGCCGUACUGCCCGUUGUGGACGAGCUGCAGAACCUGGUGGGGCAGCACGAGCUACAGCCUGAGGAGCCAACUGCUGCGGCGCCGUACGAGUUACUGCCGCUACUGCCAGCCGCCAGUGGGAGCAGCGGCUACGGCGGCAGUAGCAGCGGCGAGCUGUCGGCGGUGGAGGAGCGGGUGGCGGAGGAAGAGCGAUACGUGGAGGGCGAGGAGGAGGAGGACGGGGGGAGCGAGAGGGGGGAGGCAAGAGGGGAGCUGCGGGCAGCACUACUAAGCAGUGGCAGCAGCAGUGGCAGUAGCCGCAGCGGUGAUGAGGACUACAGCAGGGAAGGGCCAGGCGGCGGUGGAGCGCAGGCGGGCGAGGCAGGCGGGCCGCAGCCAGCAGCAGUAGCUACGGCGGCGGCGGCCAGUCGUGUCGGGCACACCGGUGCCAUUACGGCACCUUACAUUUGGGGUUCCCCGCCUGCCAGUGUCAGCAGCGAGACCGCUGCUGCUGCCGAAGCUUUGGUUGCUGGGGCGGGUGUGGAGAGUGAGAAGGGCCCAACGGCGGAGCAAGGCGAGCCGGCAGCUCCUACGGCACCAACCAGCAACGAGCGCAGUGUCGUACUGGGGCGCCACUCGCAGCAGCCGGUAGAGAAGGACGACAGUGCCAAGCACUCGGGGUCAGGCCAGGGUGGUGUCGUUACGAGUCCGGCCGGUGGCAGUAGCAGCAGCGUCAGUGGCAGUGCCAGCAGUAGCAGUGCUGGUGUCCGCCCUACGCAGCGCCAUGAUGACCCCACACCGCCCUCAGAUGCUGCCGGUGCUCUUUCGCUUUGGUUCGAGGGCCGGCGCAGCAACGCCGCCGCGGAGCCAGCGGGAGAGUUGAUGGCGACUGUCGUCAGUACGCCCGUGGCGGCAGGGGCGGGCGGGUCAGGCGCAGCAUCCGGCAAGGGCGGCGGCGGUGGCAGUGCUGGCGCCAAGCCUGUCCUCACCACUGGCACCAAAGAGACGGCCGGCUCGAACGGAGAGCGCAGUGGACUAGGUGUGGGCUUUGAGGCGCCAGCCGGCUACCAGCUACUUCCCGGCACACCGCGAUAGUUUGUGUGUAUUGGGCGGUGGCUAGCUCUUGCUUGUGGCAGAGAGCACAAGGGCGGGAAACAUGCAGGAUAGUACUGUCCCGGUACAACGCUGACCUCCACAACCUGCAGUACGUUACUGGCUGCUGUGGCACAGUAUUGAGUAGCCAAGGCCCAAGGGCAAGAGGUGUUGAGGGUGGAAAAUGAUCUUGCGCUUCGUGUCAGCUGACAAGUUGAGGUCAAAAACUGCACUGCGCGUGCUAGGUAGUGGGGGGCGGGCGGGCUGGGUAAGGCGUGCUGCUUUGCUGCUAGUAGCCAGCUACAGGCUUAUUGACGAGUGUUGCGGAACUAAUGCGUACGUAGACCAGAGCGGAAGGCGGAGUGGGCUUGCAGGCGGCACGAGAGUAGGCUUGUGGCUUCAUGGAAGCGGGGACCAAGGGCUUUCUGUAUGU